AUGCGAGGGACUUCCUACGAUGGCCCAACAAAGAGAUACUCUGGCCCUCCUGCGGCCUACACAUACAACCAGACGCGAGCAGAUGCCGUGAAGCAGACAUUCCAGAUCAGCUGGGACGGGUACUACAAAUAUGCCUUCCCUGGCGACUCGUUACUCCCUGUUACCAACACCUUUGAGAACGACAGUAGGAAUGGCUGGGGCGCGAGUGCCAUUGAUGCCUUCAGCACGGCGCUGAUCAUGGGCAAUACGGAGGUGGUCACUCAGAUCCUGGACUAUGUGCCAGAAAUCGACUUCAGCGUCAGCUACAACGAUACAGUAGUCUCACUCUUUGAAACGACCAUCCGUUAUCUCGGCGGCUUGCUUGCUGCCUACGAUCUCCUCACGGGACCACUUGCCUCUGAAUACGGCAACCUGACCUCCAAAGCCGACACCAUUCUCACCCAAGCCAAGAGCCUUGGAGAUAACCUGAAAUUUGCUUUCAAUACGGCCACUGGUAUCCCGGACAACAGCAUCUAUCUCGACCCUCCUCGGCUCGCCAACUCUACGACCAAUGGCCUUGCGACCAUCGGCUCACUUGUUCUCGAGUGGACACGCCUGUCUGACCUGACUGGAGACCCCACUUACAGCGAUCUUGCGAAGAAGGGCGAGUCAUAUCUCAUCCACCCCAAAAACCCAGAACUGGGCGAGCCUUUUCCUGGUCUGCUAGGCACCGACGUCUCGAUCGCCAACGGCAGCUUCGUCGAUAGCCAGGGCGGCUGGACGGGCGGCACGGACAGCUUCUACGAGUACCUGAUCAAAAUGUACGUCUAUGAUCCAGUGCGUUUCGAAACGUACAAGGAUCGUUGGGUGCUCGCCGUAGAUAGCAGCAUCAAAUAUCUGGCCAGUCACCCGACAAGCAGGCCAGACUUGACGUUCCUGGCGUAUUAUUACAACUCGUCCAAGUCUGGCAUCGAUUAUUACUCGGAACAUCUUGCCUGUUUCGAUGGUGGAAACUUUAUACUGGGCGGUUUGACCCUCAAUGAGCCUACGUAUAUCGAUUUUGGCCUGGAUCUCGUGGCCGGAUGCCGCGACACCUACUACCAAACAGCCACCGGCAUCGGGCCCGAGACUUUUAUGUGGCUGGGCGAAUACGCACCCGACAACGUGCCGGUCCCAGAAGGCGACGAGUCGUUUUACGAGCGGGCCGGCUUCUAUAUCACCAACGCACAGUACAUCACGCGGCCCGAGGUUGUGGAGAGCUUCUACUACGCGUAUCGUGCGACUGGCGACCCGAAAUACCAAGAUUGGGCGUGGGAGGCGUACCUGGCUAUCAAUGAGACAUGCAGGGUUGGGAGUGGUUACUCGAGUAUCAAUGAUGUGAACGAGGUGGGCGGCGGUGGGUUCCAGAAUUUUCAGGAGAGCUUUUGGUUUGCAGAGGUGCUGAAGUAUAGUUAUCUGAUCCACGCAGAGGAUGCUGCAUACCAGGUCAAGGCCGACCAGACCAAUGAGUUUGUUUUCAACACUGAGGCUCACCCGGUCAAGAUUCCCGGCGGUGAGAGUAGCAAGCGGAGGAAAUAA